AUGAAAGUUUUACCUGAGAUCCGAGUAAUGCAACGAGGGCCGCAGUAUUAUUUUGUACCUCUCGGUGUUCGGUUAGUUCAGUUAAACUUCCUGAUGAAUUCAAGAGAUAAUAUAGAGAAAUUGGUAUCGGAAUGGAACUCCGGAGAAAAUAAUCAAGAAGCGCCAAAAACUAGUGACGUAGAAACUGCUGACAAGAAGAAUGUCGAACAAACAGCAGAACCUGCUCCAAUUCCGUCAACUUCAUUUGCACAUUUGGAGGCAGAAAAUAAAAAAUCCCAAGACGGUGAAGAUUUUUCACCGAGUGCAUCAUCUUGGAAACCAACAGAUGAUAGUUCAUCAUUGGAUUCAGAUAUGGAAGUGGCACGUUCAAAUAGAACUUCCAAAAUGAAAAAAUACAUGCGUCAAUAUACUAAGAGAAGAAACGGUAAAAAUGUCGCGAAGACAAUGCACAAGCCUAACGCUGUUAUGAUUUUGCAAGAACGCAAGAGUAUUAAAAACAAUAGAAGUGUUAAUGACACUCCUAAAAGAAAAAACAAUAAACAACAAACUAAUAAGAAAGGUUUUGGUGUAGAGUCAGGUAGCAAACCUGACUCUACACGAAAAAAUAUAUCACCGCUAAACGAUGCCGAUGGUGAAAACAUAAUAGUUCAUAAAAUGUUAAUAAUAAAUUUAAAGACGUGUCUCGAAGGCGCAUUUAAAGUACUUCAUACAGAACCGCCGGACGACAUUAGUAAAACAAAAAUCCAGGACGAAAACGAAGUAGUAGGUAAUGUGAAUAACGUUGAACAUGGCGAAAGAAGCCUCGGUGAAGAAUCGAAUCGUUCAGAAGAUAAUGUUCUUAUUACCAAUAAAUAUCACACGGCUCGUGCCUUGUCACCAGAAAACCAACAGAUUAGCGAUUCUCAUAAAGGAAAUGAAUGGAUACCAAUUGGAAGUGGUAAAACAGUGAUCCAUAAAGACAAAUACAGAAAACUAAAUUGGAAAUCAUAUACAAUGGCAACUCGAUCAUUAUUACUAGCCACAUUCUCCAGAAGGAUAUUGGCCACACAUUCGCUAACCGGCAAGCGGUCACCGGCAUUUCUAAAUAAACCAGCAAAAAUGUGCCUUGAUCCGAAGAUCGUUUCCGACAUAAUCAUUGAAGUAACUUCUAAAUUUAAUGUUAAGGAAAACUUAGUUAGGGGAAUAAUCACGACCAAAUGCGCCGAUGAGUGCAAAAUGCUUAAAAUGAGGAUGAAAAAUAAAAAAAAAAACAAUUAAAAUGACUGAAGGAAAUAACCCAAAGAAAACUCAACGAAGAGUCUAAGAAGGAGUAAUAACUAGUUGAUAAAUUUUUUAAGAGUGACCAAUGAUAUUUAAUUAAUUAUCGUCAGUAAACUUACUUUAUGUAACAUGGACACUUAUUGCGAUUUAUGUAACUUUGUCGAUUGAAUAAUGUUAAGUAUCGUGUGAACACUUUAGUAAAGUUAAUUUUUUUGU